CUACGUGGUAUGCAGGCAUGCUCUCAUUUGCUGAGCUUUUCCUGCAUGAAUCUGGUGCAGCACUACGGACGACAUUGCUGCGCAUUUCAGCACUCGCAUUGCUGACACCUUUGUAAAGGCACAUCAUGCGCCUACAUGCAGAUUCCACCGUUCCUCAUAGCUAGCAUUAGUUAAGCACUUCCCAAAUUGCAAUCUCGCACCAUGGAGCACUUUGUCGCCGACGUCAUCACCAAGCAGCUGGCGCAGUUCCUGGUCCUGUCUCCGGACGAGUUGCACCUUCAUCUGCUGUCCGGGGAGGUCCGGUUGCAGAAUGUCCGGUUGAAUACAAACACUAUCAACAAGGACUAUGCGACGGCGUCUCCCCUUCUGGUCAAGAAAGGGAUUGUUGGUUUAUUGAGGGUACAGUUCAAACCUCUCCGUGUGGACGCAAUCAACGUGCUGGUGGAGGAUAUUGAACUGGAAGUAGAGCCAAGGCCCCCUGACUCUGAUUGGUGGUCGAAGCAAGCGGCCGCCGCCCCUGUGACACUCGACCGCAGCCAACAGCUCGCCCUCCUCGACCCUGAGGCAGCCGCGAUCGAGGAAUUCGCAAAAGAUGGCGCAGGGCCCUCUCGUCUGCAGAAGAUCGCCGUUGGCUUCCUUGAGCGCUUAACUGCCGCGGUCCUGGGGGCGCUCCGAGUUGAGGUCAGAAAUGUGAGAGUGAGCGUUGUGGUGGGGUUCCGGGGAGAAGGGACUGAUGUUCGAGCGAAGGGUUCCGAAAUUGCAUGUCAUAGGCAGAACCAGUCUGGGAAGGAGGAAGAGAGAGGCGGCUACGUUGAGAACAUCCGAAAUGGCAUGCCGAGCGAGGUCCAAAGCGGGGAACAAAGUGGGCCAAACGAUGGGGGAGGGAGAAGAGACGCCCGCCCAGUUGCAGAUGGACUAGAGAAGGCGGAAGAUGCAGUUAGGGAGGGAAACGAGGACAACAACGCUGAAGGGCGCAAUUCUGUGAUCGAAUCGGCGGAGCCUCACACCGCAAUCCCAGUCGCUCCUGGCGGCAGGAGCCCCCCUGGCGGGCAAGAGUAUGUUGCUCUCGAGGUGGCACUUGAGAGCUUCAUUUUGUUUGAGGGCCGACACGGGCAGAACGGGGGUAGUGGGGGAGGCGCCGACAAGGGGUCUGUGAGCAAACACACGCAGUUGGGAGGGCUGGCAAUUAGACUCGAGACAAGCGAGGGGCGGGGAGAGGGGGAAGCGGAGAUGAGUGAUAAUAGCAAGGGGUUGAGCAGAGCUAAGCCGGGCGAGAGCGAGCAGACCAUUGACAGUGACACUGAGACAACGGUUGUCUCUCUGGGUGGGCUUUCGUCCCCAGAGAGUAGCAUCAAAAGUGGGGAGGGUUUGGCAAGCGGCGAGGAAAAGGGGGCUACCCCGCUGCGGGUUGCUAGUGUUAGUCGGAGGAGCAUUCUGCUCCCGAACGAGAUCGACACGGUGCUCAGAAUCAACAAGCUGGGGUUGGACAGGGUUCAGGUGGACGCUCGGACGAUGGCCAUGGAGUUGGACGUCCAAGACUUGGCUGCGCUCGCGCACUUGGCGGCGGCUCUCAGCCCCCCUGCAAAAGUGAGUGCUGGUCAAAGCUCGUUGGAAGGUUCGGAGGGGACUCGCGAGGCUGCCACGAAUAGGGGGAGUACAGAGGGGAAGCCAGGUGAAGCUGAAGGAAAGUCUCAUGGAAAAGGGCGCUCAGAGCAAACACCAGCGCAGGACUCAGAGGGAGGGAGCAAAGAGGGGCGUUCGGAGGAGGGGGAAGGCGGCCUGUCGGAGGCGGCACUGCGGUGGCAGAAGGCCUUUCGAUUGAUCAGGGAGCAGAGCCACAGCACGCGACUGCACGGUGUGCUUGAGGCCGGGGCUGCCAGGAGGAGGUACGUCGCCCUUUAUGCCGAGUGGCUGCGCGCGAUCGGAUGGGGCGAGGACGCUCCCGCGCAACUGGCGCGUCAACAAGCGGAGAAGCGCCAGCCGCGCGAGGUGCAGCGGCUCAAGGCCCGGUUGCACGACUCUCUACAGACCACAGAGGGAUCCCUCCCGAUUGAAGCAAUCGUAGUUGCGCGCAAGAUCGCGCGAGCGCAGAUUCAGGGGCAGAACGGGGAAGACGCAAAGGGGGCCUUCCUGAGCCUUUCUCGAGGGGCCAGCGGGGUGCAGAAAGAAGGGGAAGAUUGGUGGUUUUGGGAGACGAAGUAUUACAAGUCUGCCAAGGCAAUUGCGAAAGUGCUGUACGCGGUGCUGUGGGGCCUGUUGAACACGCUCUGGACGAUCGUUGUGAGCCCGUACAACGGCUUUGUGUCGGCCACCCACGUCAUGCAGGCGCGGCCCGAGGCGGACCCCUGGGCGGUCGACGAUGAUGUCACACCGGCGGAGAUAACCUCAGCCAAGGGCGACGAACAAGCGCCAGCUGGGGCGCCCGCUCAGCUGGCGCUCACGGCGUCGUUCCACAUUGGGGCGGGCAGCGUGACGUUCAGCUCGUCUCGAAUGACGUCAGCGCCACGUCAGCAGGAGGGCGAGGCUCCCGAGGGGCAGGCGGUCCGGCUGACGUGGAGCCGCCUCUCGCUGUCGGCAACGCAAAGCGGAGGAGAAGGCGGCGGCGCGGUGUAUCUGGCAAGAGUGACUCUCGGCAGCGUCGACUGCAACUGCAUCUCCGUGCUUUCCUAUUCCACGGCGAUCCAGCUCGGUCGAGCCGACUCGCUCUCUGAGCCACCCCGGUUAGAGUCGACUCCUUCCGGGGGCUUCCUGCGGAGCAUCUUUGGGCUCGAGCGGCAGCGCAGCGAAGGCGUCGAAGUUGACGAGGUCACAGAGCGGGAUGCAACGUUCGACGAUAAACCACGGUUGGUGGAAGGGUCCGGGGGCAAUACCCCCCUGUUUGUGUCGGGCUUUGCACCCGAGUGGAAGACGGGGCACCCGAAAGCGUCAUCGAAGCUGCUCGGGAUGGGGGCGUUCUGCAACCGGGGGCUGGGGCGGGCCAGGCGAGCUCCAGCAGGAAGUGUGGGCGGAGGUUUGAGCCUCAAGUCUCGUCUCCUCGGCACGAACGACCCAGGAAGCCGCUCGUUAUUCACUCAACCAUCCCUUCCUUCCGACGCCCACGAAGCCUCGGGUUCUCAAACGGCCCCUGUCGAAUCCACAUCCCACGCCCGCAAACCUUCUUUCCUAAGCCAGUUCUUCAACCGCCCCUUCUCGCAUCUAGCCCGGGCCCCGUCCCUGGCGCGGCUCCCCUCUUUCAGCUCACAAACCAGCUCCCUUGCGACAAAACAGGGCCCCUCCCGUGAAGAGCAGGCCGCCGCAGAGCGCCGCAGGGAGCGGCGCGAGCGCUGGCGCGCGCGGUUAGCGGCUAACCGGCCGUUUGCAGUCGCGGCUGUAGAGGUUAACACGAGUGGGUUUAUGAACCCCGGAGACGAUGAAGCGGCGGCGGUGACAUGUGGGGCGUCUGUUGGUCGGUUGAGCCUCUUUGUGGGUCUGGACGUCUUGGACCGAGUUGGACCGAUCUUGUCCGAGCUGCGGGAUCUUGCGGCCUCUUUGGAUCUGCUUUCGACGCCAAGCGGUGCGACGGCAAUCGACAAAAGCAAGCCCGAUCGGGGGACUGAACCAGGACAGUCGGGGAAAGACACGAGAGGCGUUCCCGAAGUGCAGCGGCCGAACAGUCCCUCGGACGUCCUAACCUCCUCGAUAGCGUCCGUCUUCACGUUGCUUGGACCAAGCAUCUGCGCGGCCGCACCGAGCAUCCGCCUAGACGUGUCGGCAGUCGUCGACCUACCCCGGUUGAUCCUCACUGGGGGUGCUCCGGACGCACCUUCGGCGUCCGAAUCAAUCAUUGCGGACGCUGGACAGCUGGCGCUGUCCCUAUGGCCAGUCUCCCCGGCCCUGCACCAGCAGGAGCGACGCCGGCGCGCAUCGCAAGUGUCGGCAAGUGGGCGCACGCCCCCGGGACAAGGCCUCAGAGCGCCCCCUCCCGAGAAAAAGGAUGAUGCAAUCAACCCGUCUGGGGGUCUCUGGGAGAUCUCCGCACUCGAGUUGGAGGCCUGGGACCGGCACCCAUCUCUUCCCCGCGACGUCGUGGGGGGCCGAUACUCCCAGCGGUUCAGAAUCUGGAACAGCGCUCGGCUGACUCUGUCAGCGGCCUCCGCUGCCGUUGCUGAUGUUAGCAUGUCGAAACUAGCCCGUCGGGAGGGGGGGAUGGAGGACUUCGGGGCCACGUGGCUGGUGGAACCGGCGGGGGUUGAAGUAAGUGCCUCGCUGUUGAAGGAGGUCGGGACGUCGUUGUUUGGAGGAGGAACCGCGGCGUCGGUGGUGCUUGGGUUAAGGUUAGCGGAACUGGCCGUUGACCCGUUGCCGGACGCCGUGGCACGGGCUGUGGGGGUAGCAUCGCAGCUGAUGCGGGGGGUGGAAAAGUUGGUGGCGGAACUUUCGCCUAAAACCGGAGCGCUAACCCAGGAAGCCCCGAGCCCAGGGGUCGGCGACGUGCUUGGGGAAGGCUUGAAAUAUACUGCAGAUACUGCAGCAGAAGUGGUCGUUGAGCAGGUCCCCAUUCCAAGCCUUGCAAAAGCGAACCAGGUCGAGUUAUUCUCGCUUGCUGCCUACGUGCACGCCGCAAAACUGAAGGCCAAUCUAAGCGAAGGGGGUAAACAGGAGGCUGAACGGGGCUCUGAAGGGGGUUUGGGCAGGGGAAAAGGAAGCGGUGACGUCAGAAGGGAGGGCGAAGAGAAGACUGGCGAAGCAGGACCCCAGAGCCCUUCGGGAAAAAGCAGAGCGCACGGAAGGUGGGCACACGCGACGAGAACGAUUACUAACCUGAGGAGACAAGCGGCUGAGAAUCGGGGUCAGCGGGACCCGCGCCCGGAGUUAGCCCAAACCCAGGCGCGGCAGCGGCUGGAGGGCGUCCCUGCACACGUGGCGCUCGAGGGAGCGUGGUUGAGCGUACACCUCAGCGGGAAGGACUGCCAGGCUGACGUGGCAGGGGGUCUGGGGGCUGUGCGGAUGGAGGUCGGGGCGAAGGCCCAGGACGAAGGCUGGGGGGUUACGGCCCUAACCGACGGCAAACCCGGUUUUGGCGGCGAGCGCAGCCAACUGACACUUGGCCGGUGCGGGUUCGAGGCAUCUUUGGGGGAGGUUCUGAGGAGAGGGGUGAGGGAACUAGAGGGGGAGGAUACUUCCACCCUAUUUGAUGACAAUUCCGAGAACAGGGGGUUGUUGACGGACCAGGAAAUAUCCCCCCCCGCGAACCUGAUCUCAGCGGCGCUCCAGGUGGGCAGUCUGACGUUCUUGGAGUCUGGGGAAGCGGGGCUCACGGUGACGCGGCACGUGAAGCAGGCCAUGACGGGGCCGGAGAGCCUGACGCUCGCCGUCGAAAUCGCCGAAGGGCUGCAAGCAGUCUCGCUGCAUUCGACGGGCGGCCUGUUUCUGGUCGACUCUGGGGCUCUCGCGCGGGCCUACGCUUUCCUGACGGACUUUGCAACGGCUCUCAGUGUCAGCGUAAGCGCGGGGCUGUCCGAAGGGGGAGGGACUCCGGAACGCCCACAAAGAGGAGACUCUGCGUCUGGAAAAGGAGCCACCUCUUCAAACAGCCGGAGCGUGACUUCGGACGGCCAGCAACCGGGCGCGGACCCAUUUGAAGCGUCCGCAGAUAUGAGCAGGGCGGGCGUGAAGCGCUCGUUGGAAGAGGGGCCGGAGACGGUGAUUAACAGGUCGAGAUCGAGAGGGACCAGCCUAAGUCAGAGCGGCAAAACGGUCCGGUGGGCAGAUGUGGAGACAGCUGGCGAAGAGCAGCCGUACGGAGAGAGCGGGGGAGAAGUCGAGGAGAUAGGACCCGAAUCAAAGAGCGCUGCAUUUUCGGAGCGGAAGCAGGGGAAAGAGCGUACUGAAUCAGGGGGAGGUCUCGGGAACGGGACGCUAGAAGCACCAUCCGCGGGAGGAACGAGCGGAGUUGCUGGGCUAGAUAUCAAGGUUACGGUCUCGGUGAAAGGGGUGACAACGGGCCUGCUCAGGUCGAUCGCCGUGGAUCUAGCUCCUGCGGGUGCUGUUCUGAUGGAGCUCGACACCACCGCCUCAGUCACUACUGAGAACGGCGACCUCUCAGCCCGCCUUGACCUUUCCCGGGUCGCCCUUCUGGGCGUCAUCCCCCCGCCUCAAGAAGUGGGCACCCGUGUUUCUGGCGAAUCUAGUUCCGCCGCCCUCUUCAAAGAAGCUGAGCACGAGUCCGCCAAAACCUCCUCUCGGGAGCAUUUCGGGGCAACCGUAACCAGGGGGUUCCGAGAGCAAGGUCGCCCAAGCGAGGAUGAGCUUUCGCCUGCUCUACGCGGAGGCCGGCUGAUACUGGAGUGCUUAAGGUUGGGGGCGAAGGUCCGAAGCGUGCCGUCGGAGAAGUCGGACGGUGUUUCGGACGAUUCUUUCUCUUGGGGGGGUACCAGAAGCGGUGGACUCCUCCCCCCACCGCGGGCAGAAACCUCAGUUCUCAAUCCGAAGGCCCUGGAGACGCUCGAUGCCAACGAGAGCAAGCACUUAGACAGACUCAUAGAAGCCGUCAGGGCGCAGAGCGGGGCCUGGGAGGGGGAGUGCCACGUCAGCGGCGCUGACGUGGCAGUGACGACCAGCGAGCUGCAGCUUCUGAUCUCGAUUGCGACUCCGCUUUACACGGCGUUGUAUGCGACAGGCACUACUGCUGCUGUAGAUAAGAAGAUGCGCAAGGAAGUCGGGUUGGCGGUUGCUGGGAAGGACGCUGAGGAGCUUGCAUUGCAAGACUUGGUGGAUAUUCCCGAUGGCGCUAUUGUGGCGAUCAAGGACGAGCAGGAGCAGCUGUUCGUGUCCGUGGAGCCACUCCCGUCCAAUCCGGAGCACUUCCGAGUGGUCGGCAAGCGGCACUACACGCUCGCAGACACAGUGACCGGGGAGGGGCGGGCCCUGUUCAAGGUCAAGCGCCACUCGAAGCGUGGCAGUGGCAACAAGGACCAGGCGUGGUUCUCCUUGCUCUCGCUCUACGCCCGACACCCAACUUCCGGCGAGCCGUUCCGCCUCCACUUCUCCCCGAAGACCAACCAGGCCGGAAUCAGCACCACCAACGACGGCUCCUGGGAGCUCUUCCGACUCCAGGCCGUCGAAGGCUCCCAGUACGGAACCAGUGGGGACGCAUUCGACGGGGCCGAAGGCGAAGGCGGCUCCGCUCGUAAAACGCGGCCGCGGAUCCACAUGGUCAACAAGAAGGCGGGCAAGGGGUUGGCGUUUUUGGAGGGGGCGCCUGUGUUCACGAGUAAGCUGGGGAACCCAGUCAAGCUUAAGGUCUUAACCGUGCCCUUAACCGAGGGUCUAGACGUCGAAGCUGGCUCAAACACCGGGGCUGGGGUCGUCCAGGGACAACGUGACGUCAUCCCCACCGAGAGCACGCGUCAGCCGAUCGAGACGCCACUGGAGUUGCCUUUGCAACAUGUGGAGAAUGUUGCGGUGGCGCUGACGAGCGUGCCACAUGUCAAGGUCUCAGUGGCAGGGGGCCUGAAGGCGACGAUCCUCCACGAGGCAGCGGGAGGGGCCCACAUCCUGCCGUUGCUGCGCCUCAGUGCUGACGACAUCGGGGCCAUAGUGACGUCGGGCACGAGAAAGUCCCGGGCCUAUGCUGAGCUGGUGACGUCAGCGGAGUACUUCGAGUCUCAGAGGAGCCAGUGGGGGCCGAUGGUGACGAAUCUGGCGCUGGACGUGUCGUACAGAGGCCGAUCUGGGGACUCUGCGGAUCGCCCACCGGACCGCCCUCAGAAGCCGCUCCCCUUUCCCUUCCCUAAAGUGCCCACCAACGUUUUCCUCUUCAUCCGAGACCGGGUUGACUUUGAGCUUAACCAAGUUGCCAUGGACACGCUACUCUUCCUGGUGGGCGCCCUCGGGUUAGCGGGACCCUACGUGGUUAAGUACUCCCCGACUCAGGCGAACCAGUGCCGGGUGGAAAAUAAAACCGGCGUUGACCUCAUGUGCCGGUUCAAUGACGAGGAGGGAGAGGCAGCGCGGAGCGACGGUGUGGUGCGCUCCUUCGAAGGGGAAUCCUUUCUCAUACGGAAUGAGGAAUGAGGGGGUUGGGAACGCUAGGAGACCGAUCGAGAUCCGGAGUCCGGUUCCUGACGAUACCUGACGGACCUUUAGAUAGGCUUCGCAAAUUCACUGCUAUUGAGAAAGCUUAGAUCAGCAUUGCAUGGCACCUUUCCUCCGCAUCAUAGCCCCACCCCCUGAAGCAUACGUGGCAGCUUGGCAACAGCUCCUUCUCGCGUCUUUGUCGCUCGUCUAAAAGGUCGACCACCGUGUUUUCCGCCUAGGCACAUUGCGUCCCGCCGCGAC